UGGCGAACAUUUGUGCCCGCCCCCUGUGUUUUUCUUCGCUAGAAGGUCUCGCAGCGUCAGAGCUCCAGAGAUGGCUACCGCGAUGACAGUUUCCAGCAAACUCCGCGGCCUGCUGAUGCAGCAGCUGAGAGGUACCAGCCAGCUGUACUUCAACGUCAGCCUUCGAUCUCUGAGCUCCUCUGCACAAGAGGCGUCCAAAAGAACCCCUGAAGAAGUCUCAGACCACAACUACGAGUCUAUUCAAGUAACAUCUGCCCAGAAGCAUGUUCUGCAUGUACAACUAAACCGGCCGGAGAAGAGGAAUGCCAUGAACAGGGCUUUCUGGAGGGAGUUGGUGGAAUGCUUCCAAAAGAUAUCUAAAGACUCCGACUGUCGGGCUGUUGUGGUCUCUGGUGCAGGAAAGAUGUUCACUUCAGGUAUUGACCUCAUGGACAUGGCGUCAGACAUCCUGCAGCCCCCAGGAGACGAUGUGGCCCGCAUAGCCUGGUACCUCCGUGACCUCAUCAGCCGAUACCAGAAGACCUUCACUGUCAUUGAGAAGUGCCCCAAGCCGGUGAUCGCUGCAAUUCAAGGAGGCUGCAUUGGUGGAGGUUAGUCUGUAGCAUCCGCCACCCUUCAGGGGCCACCCCUCAGGGACCAACCUGUGGUGAGGCUGCUACCCCACCACUCCUGCCAGUGGCCCCAGCUCAGCUGGUGCUAAUCAGACUUGUUCCCGUGUUUUGGGAGGACAGAUUGGUUCCUAUCAUCAUCAUGUAUUGUCCCUGGCCUUUUCCUCCCAGGUGUGGAUCUCAUUUCUGCCUGUGACAUUCGCUACUGCACUCAGGACGCUUUCUUCCAGGUCAAGGUGAGACAGACGUCUCCUGAGCUCCUGCUCUCUGGAACCCCCAUAGUGCUAGGCAGCCUCAGGCUAGUGCAGAGCAGAGACAGUGUGGACCAAGGCUGUUGGUUCUGAGGGCUUCCUGGAAGAAGGUCCGUCGAAUCAAAUACAUCCAGACCAAGGCAGGCACAGAGAGGCACCGCUUGUAGUCUCGGCACCUGAGAGGCUGGGAUAGCCUGGGCUAUUGCAUGAGUAGUGAGCACUAGGACUGUUUUUCCUGUCACUGUGAUCAAAUACUUGAAAAAGCAACUUAUCAGAGAAGGGUUUUACUGUAGCCCAGGGUUCGAGGUAUAGUCAGUCCAUCAUGGGGAGGGGUGCAUGGCGUCAGGGCAGCAGGACCUUAAAGCACCUGGUCACAUCACUCUGCGGUCAGAAGAGAUCAGUGAAGGCUGGUACUCCACCCUCUCUACCCCCACAAUCCCACCCAUGCAGAUGCACCAAUGAAUGCAGCAAGGCAGCACCUCGCAGGCAUGCAUAGAGGCUGGUCUCCAGACACUGUUAGGUGUGCAAGCACUAGCCACCACACAGCCCAACCUGAGCCACAUAGGGAGACCGAGUCAGAAAGGUGGGCAUGAAGGAGAGAAAGCUCUGAGCUGCCUCUGCCCAGCACCAAAAGGGGGAGGUAGGCUUAUUUGUACAGGAUGCCAUCAUGGGCACUCUCAUGAAUGACCUAGUGGUCUGUACAUAGAGACAGAGCUGGGACUGCCACAGGCUCUGCUGAAGAGGGUAGGGGGUGGAAUGGAGCCCAGGAUUCUGGAAAGGGUCUUGUGAGCAGGCUGGAGGGCCAGGUGGCAAGCGCAUCUUGAGAUCGGCUGAGCUGGAGGGUGCUUAAGGCAAUGAGUAAUGCCUGGAGCUCGCGUGGGAGCUCGCAUGGGAAGCGACAGGCAAACACUGCUAAGUGUUUCCCUCUAGGAGGUGGAUGUGGGCCUGGCUGCUGAUGUAGGAACGCUGCAGCGACUGCCCAAGGUCAUUGGGAAUCGGAGCCUGGUCAACGAGCUGACCUUCACCGCCCGCAAGAUGAUGGCUGACGAGGCCCUGGACAGUGGGCUGGUCAGCCGCGUGUUCCCAGAUAAGGACGUCAUGCUGAAUGCAGCCUUUGCCCUGGCGGCCGAUAUUUCCAGCAAGAGCCCUGUGGCUGUGCAGGGGUCAAAAAUCAAUUUAAUCUACUCCCGAGACCAUUCUGUGGACGAGAGCCUUGACUAUAUGGCCACUUGGAACAUGAGCAUGCUGCAGACCCAGGACAUCAUCAAGUCAGUCCAGGCAGCCAUGGAGAAGAAGGACUCAAAAAGCAUCACCUUCUCCAAGCUCUGAGUGCCUUCCUGACCCUGGUCCCCUCAGUGCCUCCUCCCGGUGUAUAACUUUAUGACUUAGUACUUCAGUUCCCGGGGCCUUAUCUUCACUGUGAACAAUAAAGUCUGUACA